UGUGCAACAAAAAGUGAAACAUCUUCUCAAACCCUUAAAAAGUGUUUUGAAGUGUAAAGAGUGAAUGAAAGUGGUAAUUAUAACUUACUCUAAAAUAUUGCUUGAAUUGCAACAUAACCAACUAAACUACUGAGAAGGUGGACAGCAGCGGAAAAACUAUCAAAAAAGUGAAAAGGUGCAACUUCGCGUCUCAACCAACUUCAGGCGUCUUUUACACGGCGGAAGCGCAACGGAUAUGCGAAACAACUUCUUUUGACAACAACUUGCGUCGUGGUCGCAGCAGCUACUAAAGACAGUGUUUUCGGUCGUUUUCUUCAACCCAGCUUCAAUAUCUCUGACUCAGGCGGAAAUCGGGAUGGCCUGCAGCCGUUAUUUCAAAUCGUGCAACGGAUUGUAAAGGGAAUCUCAACAUUUCCAAUACCCGAACAUUGCAGUCCAUGGUAAUGCCUACAAACGGCAUACAAGCGUUGAGAUCAACAACGGCGACAACAGCAAUUGCAAGGCCAGCAACGGAGCAAAGUGACAGUCGACAUUAACUGUAAAUACCGAAACACUCAAGGCAAUUGUUUCGGAAGAUACGCUAAAGAGCGGCUUCAAAGUGAUUACUGGCCAACGGUACAAAGCAGGUGCCCGACAAUAUAGUAAGCCGUGCCGUUAUGUGCAUGGCGGCAACAAACGAACACAAAACCAACGACAACAUAAUCAUUGUGAAUGUCAAACAGUGGCAUCAAUUGCAAGUCGAGAGUUGCCAGCCGUAUAACAAUUAUUGCGAAGUCGCGUGGGCUUUCCGCACUUAAGCGUUGCCCCGAGCAAGCACAGCUAAAGCAACAGCAACAGCAACAAACAACAUUAACAACAACAAAAACAACCAAUAUUGGCGAGUCACCAUAGCAGCGCGAUGAGUGUGGACGUGGCAGCAAGCAGGCAGUAUAGUGAAAACACUACAACAACAACAUCAUCCGCAACAACAACAACAAUAGUUGCAGAUACAGUUGCAACCAAAGCAGCGCAAUGGUCGACAUGGACAGCGCUUCGGUGGCCGAUUGGUUUAUGCGAAAUCGGCGAAUCUGCGACAGCAACAACAACAACAACAAUAAAUUGCAUGGCUACAACGAAAGCUUUGCAGUCAAAGCGAGUUGAUAGCAACACUUGCCGACAGCAACGUGAUGAAGAUGACCACAACAACAACAACAUCAACAGCAGCAAAAACAAAAGCAACAAAAACAAAAGAAAAGACAUCAAUAUCCCCUCAGCGCAACGAGUCGCAAGUCAAAAGCGAAGGCAAAUACAGCAACAAAUACAGUUAGGCCAACACUGUAGCAUGCACAUGCAACGCCAACAACAACAACAACAUUGGCGGCAUUAUCUGCUGCAGCCACAACAACGAUGCGCAUCCGCCAAAGACGUUGAUGCCUGCUGGUCCACCCGCUUUUUCACGAUCCUAAAGCAACAACAACAACGGCAGCAACAACAAUGGCUGCGCUUUUGCCUUUUGCUCGUCAUUUGCCUGUCACUGCCCUCAGCAACGAAUACGAAACCUCAGACCUCAGCAACAGCGCCAACAACAAUUGUCAACGCACCAACAACAUUGCGAGCUACACUGGCAACAACAACAGAAAUACUAAUAGCAACAGCAAAGCCAACAGCCACAAUCAGCCGAACGUCGCAGUCGGCAACUGAGAGUGAUGACAACAUUGUGACCAACGAAACUACCAACUUCACGCACACGCACACGCACAACACCACAAACAACGCUCACGGAAAUGUCAUCAUUCCUUCAACCAAGCUCAGCGUAAAUUCAACGACCGCAUCAAAAGCUCCGAUGCAGACGUUGGCGGCGCUCACGGUGGGAGCGUUGACAGUGUCAACAGCAUUGCCGGCGGCAACGCAAACAUACACAUCCUCAUCGCUGUCAUCAGCAGCUAUAACAGCACGGCAAUCACAAGACACAACAACAACAGCGGCAACAACAAUGCUUGACUUCGCCAUCAAUGCGUUGGCGGAAACGAAGAGCAGCGGAGGUGACAAGCCCGAUGAGCAAGCGGCAUGGAAUGCGCACUCCGUCAAUGGAAUGCUGCAUGACACUGCAAAAACAGCAGCAACAAGACCAAAUGUAUCACCAACAGCUAAAUAUCACGGCAGCAACAAUAAUAUCAUCCGCAAUGCGCCCAGUGGGAGCAACAAUUGGCAUCACAUGCAGCAACUUAGUCCCACAAAUGCUAACACCGUCAGCAACAACAACUACGCAAACGAAGACGUAGGCUUGCGCAGGAUUCGCCGCCAUCGCGCUACACGUUCUGUGAGUCAUGGCAGCCCUGGCAGUGUGAGCUUAAGCGGCAGCAGUUUCGGAGCUGUGAGUCAAGGUGGUGGCGGUGGUGGUGGCAGCGGGCUUACGGGGAGCGGUGGCAGUACGCACGAUGGCGAAAGUAAUAAUCAUAACAGUAUCGAAUGUCCCAGUUUCGAUGAGAAUUCAGCGUGUCCGUGCUACAAAUUCGAAGACGGCUUAUUUCUCGAGUGUCCCGGCACGACGGCCAUGUCGCUGCGCAGCACAUUGGAACGCAUCUCAUCGCCGAUACAUUCAUUAUCCAUUUAUGAUUUCGAUCGUUCGGUCACGUCGCUCUCGCAGGAUGUCUUUCAACCAGGUGUCAAUAUAAGGCAUUUGCAAUUUUCACACUCACACUUGGAGACGCUAAAGGAUAACAGUUUGCGGCAUGUACGUGCAACAUUGGAGUCGUUGAGCAUUGUUAAUGGAAAAUUAACACAGAUACCAUCGCGAGCACUCAACGGCAUGCAGAAGAUGAGUGCGCUCGAUUUCGAUUAUAAUGAGAUUGUGCGUAUUGAAGAUUACAGCUUCUAUGGACUGCGUUUGUCGAAGCUUAACAUGAAGGGCAAUCAACUGCAGUCAAUACCCGAACACGCUUUCGUAGGGCUGGAGGAGUCGAUACAAGAGAUUGACCUAUCCGAGAAUGCGCUGCGUACAUUUCCGUUACUCUCCUUACGGAAACUCGAUUAUCUGCGUACGUUGCGACUAUCCAAUAACAAGAUCUCCACAUUUUAUGGUGACAUAACGCUCGCGACGAACAAUGCUUCGGCAGCGGCAACGGUGCUACGCCUGCCAUCUCUAAUAUUUCUGGACUUGAGUUCCAAUCAAUUUACGGAGAUUGUGAAUGAUUGCUUUAGCGCCUUUCCACAGCUGAAAACACUUUCGCUGUACGCGAAUCAAAUAGAGCUCGUACAACCGGAUGCGUUCAAGAGUUUGAAGGAGUUGAUGUCGCUCGACAUGUCACACAAUCGCAUCAUUUCAUUGGAUGCCAAAAUUUUCGAUAAGAAUAAACGUCUACAGACUGUGGAUCUUAGUCACAAUCAUGUGCACUCAAUUAGUGGUGUCUUCUCGAAUUUACCGCAAUUGCGUGAAGUCUUUCUCUCCGAAAACAAUAUACUCGAAUUGCCUGCAGACGCCUUUACGAAUUCGUCCAAUGUGGAUGUCAUCUAUUUGGAAUCGAAUGCCAUAGCGCACAUCGAUCCGAAUGUCUUUAGCACGCUUGUCAAUCUGGAUCAUUUAUAUUUGCGUUCCAACUUCAUACCGUUAGUGCCUGUAACGCUCUUCGAUAAAUGCCAGAAACUCACUUCAUUAUCGCUCGAUAACAACCAAAUACAGGAUCUCGAGAUCGGCAUGUUUAGGAAGUUGGAAUUCUUACGUGAAGUGCGCUUACAUAACAAUCGUAUACGACGCAUACGCAAGGGUGUCUUCGAGCCCUUACCGGCGUUGCAGGAACUUCAUGUACAAAAGAACAAUAUUGAGGAUAUCGAACCGGGCGCCUUUCAAAGUCUAACCAAUUUGCAGCACAUCAACUUACAGGAUAACCAACUGACUGUAUUGGAAGACAUUUUUCCGAACGACAAGGCCAACUCUUCGCUGCUAUCCAUACAGCUAGAGGAGAAUGAGCUGCACAAGAUACACGUGCGCACAUUUCGACGGCAAGAACGCAUACAGAUUAUGUGGCUGCGUGACAAUCAGCUGACGCGCGUAGACAAGAGCAUGUUCGUGGAUCUGCUGAAGCUCGGACGCCUGUACCUUAGCAAUAACCUCAUACGCGACAUCGACAAGGACACUUUCAGCACGCUGAAACAUUUGAAAUUUCUCGACUUAAGCGGCAAUCGGCUGAAGCAUGUGCGCCGCGAAUACUUUGCACCGCUCGUGAGCUUAGAGGAGCUAAGUCUCGCCCAAAACUACAUUGAAGCGCUGGAAAGCUAUUGCUUCAAUAAGUUGAAGAACUUACGCGUACUCGAUCUCUCAAACAAUCCUUUGGUGCAAUUAACCAAGGAUAUUUUCAUGGAAGAAUUACCUUUGACAUUUCUGAAUCUGCGUAACACGUCGCUACGCAAAAUUGAGCUACACACCUUCAAGGCGUUGCAGAACCUGAAUGAACUCAAUUUGGAGGAUAAUCAAUUGAACCCCUCCGAUAUACAUAAACUAGAUGUGCCCAGUUUGCGUAGUCUCUACCUCGCGCACAACGACUUCAGUCACGAGCGUGUGGGUGGCAUCACGGCCGGCAUGUUCGAUAAAAUGCGCUCCCUACAAUUGCUAACGAUGGCCAAUUGCAGCAUCGAUUUAUUGCCAGACGAGAUUUUCACUAAGAAUACCAAUCUCGUUAAGCUUGAUCUGUGCGACAACCGCAUCACUAUUAUGAAUCGGAAUAUCUUCAACGGCCUGAACGUGUUUAAAGAGUUGAAGUUGUGCCACAAUCAGUUCUCGGAGUUUCCGCACAUUGCGCUAUAUAAUUUAAGCACGCUAGAGGCCUUGGAUUUGUCACGCAAUCAGCUGACCUCUAUAGACUUCUUCAAACUGAGCGGCACGUUGAAUCUACGUCAGCUCAAUUUGCAUGACAACAAAAUCACUUCGCUGAGCGGUUUCAAUGCGGUGAACCUGACCCAACUUGAUAAUAUUGACCUUAGCGGCAAUCUUUUGUUAUCAUUGCCUGCAAAUUUUUUGCGUCACUCUAUAAAUUUGCAGCGUGUGGACUUAUCGAGUAAUCGUUUUCUGCAGCUGCCCAGUUCAGCGCUCUCCGACAUCUCCAUACCACGGCUCUCUUGGCUCAAUCUCACCGGUAAUCCAAUCAAUAAGAUUUACACAGUUAAAGAGGAGCGUUACCCAUACCUUAAGGAGCUUUACAUCUGUCAAACUAAUCUGUCCAUAUUGACUUCCAAAGACUUUGAAGCUUUUCAGGCUUUGCAACACUUGCAUUUGGUUAAUAAUCGCAUCACACGCAUCUCACCUGGCGCUUUCAAAUCACUCACAAAUCUGCUCACAUUGGAUCUCAGCAUAAACGAAUUGGAAAUGCUACCAAAGGAGCGACUGCAAGGUUUGACUUUGCUGCGCUUUUUGAAUAUUUCACAUAAUAUUCUGAAAGAAUUGGAAGAGUUUAGCAGCGAUUUGGCGCAGUUGCAAACUUUUGAUUUGUCCUACAAUCAAUUGGAUCGUAUAUCGAAGAAGAGCUUCCGAAAUUUGCAUGGUCUCGUGGAAUUGUAUCUAAUGGGCAAUCGCAUGACGGUCUUGUCGAAUGACGCUUUUCGGUACUUGCGUAAGCUGCAUGUGCUUGAUCUGCGUAAGAACUACUUCGAACUGGUGCCGAUUGAGGCGCUCAAACCUUUGGAGACGAACAUAAAAACAUUGAAAUUGGAAGAAAAUCCACUGCAUUGCAGUUGUGAUGCACAAAAGCUAUGGGAAUGGCUGCGCGAUCAUCGAAAAUGGUCGCAAACGAGCGCCGGCGAUGGCAUUAAUUACUUAAGGUGUGAACAUCCAGUGGACUUGAGGGGCAAAGUAUUUGCCAAAAUGGAGCCGCAACAAUUUUGUGAUGCACCGUUGAUACCGAAAAUCGCCAUACAGGACAUUCAGCCAUAUUCGGUGGUCGUUUCGUGGCUGAGUCGUGAGCAUUUGGGUUUAACUGGCUAUGAAAUUGUAUAUUACGCGACCACAGAUGGCAUUGAUUACGAUGAGAUGCGUGGCAAACGUCUCAACGGCACCGCAAACUCGGCCAAAUUAACAAAGCUGAACGCGAAUACGCGCUACCACAUCUGCGUCAUUGGCACCGGUAAUUGGCUGUCCGAGCCGGCGGCGAAUGCCCUGCAAAGGAUACACUUUAACGACACCGUGCUAAUGUUACGCGACGAUGCGGCCGCAAGUGGCGGCAACUACAACGCAGGCCAACAACAGCAACACUACUAUUAUGACCAACAGCAACAGCAACAACAACAACAAUCCGAAUAUUAUCAGCAAUACUUUCACACGUAUCAACAGCCGCACGACCAGCAGCAAUUAUUUACGCAAGCCGAGCCGCAACAACAACAGGCGCUAAUCGAGAAUACCGUCGUCACGGACAAUGCGCUGCGGGACGUAUUGAAAAAUACGCACAUCACCACUUGCACGGACGUGCAAACACUGGACUCGACACCGAGUCUGGUGACCGACGAGAACGGGCUCUCCAGCAACGGCUUCAUACACUCGAUAUUAACGCGGCGCCUCGGUCUGAUUGUCGGCUGUUGCCUGGGCAUCAUUGUGUUCAUUGUCAUGAUUUCGGUGUUGAGUUAUGUGAAACUGAAGAAGCAACGCAUCGAGAAUGCCAAAAGACAAGCCGCCAUGCCACCCGAAUAUAUUUCGUAUCGACACUUCUCCAUACCCAAUGAGGAGCUGGUGCGCGCCUCGGUAGCUGGCGGCGCUACCACGACAAUUUCGAGUGUACCGAGCGGCAUUAGUGCACACAUCAGCGGCACCAGCCUGAGCACCAGCGCCACAGCCACCACGGCUACCACGCCACUGGGGACCAGUACCGGCAAUGGCACUGACAGUAAGGGAGUCGGUGGUGGUGGUGGUGGCGGCACAGUGACAUCCGCUACCAACACGCUGAAGAAGAGCGAAGUCAACGCCAACUUAACGGGCGUGAGUGGUGUGAGCGUUGGUGUGAGUGUCGGUGUGGGGAUGGUUAUUGCCGAAGGCAAUGGCUUGGUGAAUUUGACCUCAACAGCCACAAAAGCAACGAGCAAUGAUGUCAGCGGCACAACGACAUCAGUGGACGCAACAGCGACAGCGAACAACCACAAUCACCAUCAGCAGCAGCAGCAACAGCACCACCACCAGCAAUUGCGGCUCCAGCAUCAACAACACCAGCAUCAGCUACAGCGGCAGCAACAGCAGGCGGGCAAUCACCAUCAUCAUGUUGUUGGCGGCAAUGGCGGUGUGGGCUACAUGUCGUCGGGCGUUGUUUUGGGCGCGAAUCACUUGAAUGCCUGUUAGUUGCGGCAUCGCGCUUGCCACAACGCCGCAAACGUUGUCGCGGAACUCCCUUUCGGCCAUAAAGUUACGAGUAUUUUUAAGGUCCUCUUAAAACAGACACAAUCGCGUAUACUCGUGCAUACAUGCAUGCAUACAUACAGACAUAUAUAGAUAGCUUGUAGGCGAAGACACCUUAGGCUAAGCAUAACUGUAAAUAUGAUAAUGUAGAAAGAAGUGACUUGUUAAUGAAAAGUAUGCAAAUCGGGGCAACGCUGGCGAUAAAGCAGUUAUGAGCUGCUGGCAAAGCAGGGCAUCCAUCGUAGGUGGAACGGUAAUGGGUGCCACGCCAUGUUCUGCGUCACAUUGCCUCCAAGAGUGUAUAAAUAUGUUUCCACUGACUUUGUUAGUUGUAUUUAGCUUAGCUAUAAUGUGUUAGGCAACCUAAUUUAAGUUUAGAUUUAUGAUAGAUAGGCUGAGAUUGAAACUCUUAUUAUUUGUUGUACCCCUGCAGCAGACUUUUAAUCGAACACACUCAUCAAUAAUGCGCACACAAUAAUUUCACACACAUAACUAGCAUUAGGACGAUGCUAAAUAUGAAUAUAAUAUUAUAAUUAAAUUUCGUAAGAACUACGUUAUAAUCACUUCUGAAGUAAUUAUGUGGCUUAUAUGACAACUUAGUGUAAAAUAAGUAAUAUUUCGGUUACCUUGUGGUUAUAUGCAUAUUUAGUGUAAAUUUUACAUAUCUUGCCUUUAUAUUGCACUGUACUUUGCGCAUUCAAAAAAGUUAGGUUAUAUUGAAAAAUAAGUUGAAGGUUAUGUCAAUAACUAAAACAACCAACACAACCUUAUAAAAACCCAGAUUAAUUUAAAUUUUUUGUAUAAAAUAUGUAGAGCAUGAUAUCUUACCAAAUAGAUUUACAUCAUACAUAGCAGCUUUUUUCGAGUUUUUCGAAUUUUUCAAAGCGUUAUUUUUAACCCAAAAGUUAAUUUGAAACUAGUUUUAUAUUUUUAAUAUAACAUAUUUAAUUACACUUUAAGAAGUUCUAAUAUUUAUAUUCCGCUAGCGGAUCAACAUGAACGAAAUCUUUUUUGAAGGAAGAGGAUCUAAUAUCGACGGUCAGAUUCUAAUAAGCAAUUUCAAUAAUACAUACUAUUUAACAAAUAAAUGUUUAUUUAUUUUUCCGCUAGAGACAUCAGUGUAAAUCGAAAUUUCGAAAUUUCCAGAACGGAAGCGAGCGAACUAUUUUUCUGCUACACGAACUGAUACAGCAUCGUCCCGUAAACUUCAAAAAUUUCAUUGGUGACUUGAGUGACAUUCUUCUCUUUUUUAUACAAAAAUUUCCAAUUAUAGCGAAUUUCUUCAUUAUUUUCACUCAUUUUUGAACAGCCGUAACUUUUUUUUAACUUCCCCGAACUUAAUUUUUUUUGGUUAAAUGAAGCUUAAAAUGUCACCUUUAAAACACCAUAUAGUAUGACUCAUUGUGAUUGGUAGCACUGGAGAUAUACGACUGCAACAACAUCUAUUGACAAAAUACGAAAAGACUUUUUCGACUACCCAAUAUUUCAGAAAUCGUCUGUCAAUAUUUUAUUUUAAAAGUUUAGAUAUUCAACCCAAUUUCAAAACAUUUCCUAGCUUUGAAAAAAUUAUGUCAAGUUUAAGGUUGUAGACGCUGUAAAAUAAAAAUACUUCAGAGGCAU